UAUAAUUGACCUAUGCUCCGCCCCCUCAGGUACAACGGCCUAUCGCUGCGCUACAGCCUGACCCUUGGCUCCGCCCACUCGCCAACCGCGGUCAUAAAGAAGCUGCUGUCGGUCCUCAGUCUCAAGUGUACCGACAUCUUUCUGGACCUCAGGAUGAAUUCAGUGGAAGCUGUCUACAGGAGCUUAUAUAAACUGAUUCUGCUGCAGGCGCUCAGCGCCUCUCUGGCGAGUCUGAAUGAGUUCAUCUCUCCUGCAGGUCUGGUUCUGGGUUCUCCGGACGGUGGAGGUCUUCUGCAGUAUGAAGCCGUUCAGCUGCUGUUCUGUUUGGCGUUUGAGGUGGUUUUCACGGUGCACCGAUCGCUUUACCGCAGCCUGCUUCCUCCGCUGCACAAACGUACGUUUGUUUUGCUCAUCUUCAGUCCCUUCUGUGCUUCAGGCCGUCGUUUGGUGUGGAAUGAGGAGGAAACCGUUGCAUUAUGGGUUAGAGAGACU